ACCACACAACUCACAUCACCUUGCAUCACAUCACAUGGCCCCCCAGUCAGUCGCCCGUCUGCACAACCAGGCGUAGCACCUCUACCUCAUCGGCGCGAAUGAGCUUAUUCGUCGGCUCCCACAUCACUCGCACGACACACAGCCCUUCCCCCGGUGUCCCUGCUGAAUCCGGUGCCCACAGCCCCAGCAAUACCAUACACCCAUUUGCGUCCAAGUCUCUCACCGUCAUUUUACCAUAAUGAUCCAGUGCCAUUCGUCUCAACGCUAGGUCGCGAAAGAAUGGUCCACUCGGGAAACACGACUGAAACGUUAUCUGUGCACCCCCUGUCGUCUUGAAGAUGAGUCCAUCAGAGGAAUUGCGGUUGCUGUGCCCAUCGCAGACAACGAGGCUAGGCGGGCGUGCCCCCACUGGCAGCUCAGGCGCUGGAUGCAGGCUGGUGUCGAUGAAGCAGCCGUGGAUUGACGCGUCGCUGCGGAUUAGGAAGACGAGACAGCUGGCAUCGCCAACACGAUUGAGCAUAUCGGUGUACGCAAAUCCAUGCACGGUGCCCCUGCAAGGACGCCACGCGCAAGAAUAAGGAAUUCAGCAGCAAAUCAAGGAAGGCCGGAUCACGUAAGUAUCGUAAUACUUGUACAGCAGCUCGACGCCUGUGAUGUGUUUGCCCGUCUUCUGCAGUAUGGCCAUCAGCUGACUAACGGAGACGGUCACAGAGGGGCUGGGGAUGCACGGCCCAUCGCCAUGCAGCCGCAUCAUGGGCUCCAUCACCAUUCCGUGUCUCUCCAUCUCUGACAGAAGUGACGCCUUGAGACGUUCAGGCGCGUAUGGGGGGUCGAUUCCACUCAUGGGUGCAGCAGCACGCAUUCGCCCGGCAAAGUCACGAACAAGCAUCCCCGCAGAGACAUCAGGGCUAAGUGAGGAGAGGUAGCGAUCCGGCAUCCGGGUCAUGUUCUGGAAGGUGGCCAGCGGCGGCUGCUGCGAUUGGCUUGCUGUGAGCGAUGGGAAUGGAGGUCCAGUAGUGCUUCGCGAGUAGGCAAAUGCUGCCCCCUGCAUCUGAUGGCAGACAGGGGGAAAUGACAUGGUGUCCGAUGCCUUCUGCGCCGAUAUGAUCCCACCUACCCGCUUGAUGUCGCUGGCCGUCAAGACGAGGCGGCUCUCCACUUCUUUCCAUGUCCAAAAGACCAGGUCAGGGCCGAAGCGUCGUUCUGUGGCCAUAUUGAGAGCAUCCAGAUGGGAUGAGACAUCGGGGCUAUCGGGCAGGACGAUUGUCAGGCUAUUGAUGGAUUGGAUCUCGAGCAACGACCAUAUGCUCGACAGCAGGAAGGUGCCGGGCUCAACAGCAUCCGAAUAUGGCACUGCAGUGAGUGAGACAUAGAGACAUAGAAACCCCAAGCCGUCAAAUAAAACGAGCGGACUCGUUUAUGUCUUACCAUCCAGGUGUAUGACUAGGCUGUUGAUGUGGGGCAUCUGGUCCUUGUGAUCGCCCAGUGUGAUGCCCUCCCUCUCGUUCUCAGCCUUGACGAACUCCCGACGAUCCUCAGACAUGAGCCCGAAAGUCAGCGUGCUGAACCCACCGUGGCCUCCACCGAUGAGCGCUUGGCGCACCUCUGUCUCGCUGCCGCCAAUGACAAACGUCUCCAGCGAUGGCAUGUGAGGCCUCAUGACGGCUGCGAGCCGGGAUGCGGCCUCUUCCUUGACGAUGAGGACCUUGACCUUCUGGAGCUUCUCUUUGAUGGCCAGCAGCCUGAUGUUCGCAUGCUGUCCAUCGCCUGGCCGCAACGACUCAAGUGUCAGCUCUCUCGGCACCCCCGACGUGCUCAUUUGCCCAAGCAGGACCAACACGUCUGUCGCGGUCAAGUCCAUCAGAUGCAUGCUGUCGAGACGCGGCCCUUUGCUCAGCACUGCUUUGGCAACCCCCAGCCCAAUGCGACUCGAAAGCGUCAGGCUCUUCACGGCCAGGAGGCCAUCGCUCUUGAAGGCCUUGAGUUCGGCAGGAUCUGGCGGGAUGGCGUUGGCUGGUGGAGUGAAUCCCUCGGCACACUUGAUGGAGAUCGUGCACCUUGUGAAGCUGCAGAUAAGCCUGAGGUCGUCCACCAU